AUGCCUCCUGCUACUUCUUUGUAUAAUCUGCACGGCCCUGCACCCUUGUCGGCAGACAGCAUGGCGUGCGGCACACCUCAGACCAUUACACCCGAUCUCUAUGGCUCACCUUUACGCCACAUCGACCCGCAAAUGAGUCCUCAUCCGCCAGCUGUCAGUAGACCGCGCGCGUUUCCAUUCCCUGGGGUGCCCCCUAGCAAUGUGAUGGAUUUGGAUCGUAUCGAGUGUGGUAGUGAUCCUCGCACCACAUGCAUGAUCAAGAACAUUCCAAACAAAAUUACCGAUGAGAUGCUCUUUAAUUUUAUCAAUGACAUAUGCCCCAGAGGGUUUGACUUCUUGUACUUGAGAAUGGACUUCAAGGCCCGCUUGAACGUUGGCUACGCUUUCAUCAAUUUCCUCUCCGUAGAAAAUGUGUUAAAGUUUGCCAAGGCUAAGUUAGGGGUCAAGUGGGGCGUAUUUUUGUCUGAGAAAACGGUGCAAAUGUGCUAUGCCAGCAUUCAAGGAAAGGAAAACUUGAUCGAGAAGUUUAGGAACAGUGCCAUCAUGGAGGAAGAAGAAUCUUUCAGGCCAAAGAUAUACCAUUCCAGUGGACCAUUGAUGGGCCUUCCUGAGCCCUUUCCUCAUGCUAACGAUUUGCAACGUAAAGCUCGCUCACAAGCCAAUGCCGCCUUGUUGGUUAGGCCUCCGAUGUCAUCGAUAACUCCCAUUCAUCAAUAA